UUGCAUGAAGGCUAUACAGAACAUCCACCACCUUUACCGACGGAGAUGGACGGUGCUUCGCUAAUCGACGAUGGAUUUCCGGCCACAAAGUUGUUCAACCAGGGAUACUCCUACACAUACGACGACGUCAUCUUCCUCCCUCACUACAUCGACUUCCCCACCGACGCCGUUUCUCUCUCCACCAAGCUCAGCCGCCGCGUCGCCCUAGCUAUACCCUGCGUCUCCUCUCCGAUGGACACAGUCACCGGAUCCUCCAUGGCCACCGCCAUGGCUUCCCUCGGCGGCAUCGGUAUCGUACACUAUAACACCCCCACUGUCGAUCAAGCCUCACUCAUUCUCCGCGCUAAAUCACAUAAAAUACCUUUCUCUCAUGAGAUUGUAAUCAAGUCCCCUUCGGAUUCAAUUUCAUCCGCGGAUGAUUUCUGCUCCGCUCCCUGCAUUUUCGUGACCGAUGUAGGGAGCGAGAGUUCGAAAUUUUUAGGGUUUGUGAAGAAAUCGGAUUGGGAUAAAUUGGAUGAUAAGGAAGUUAGGGUUUCUGAGUAUAUGACCAUGUCGUCGACUACUCUCCCGUCUAGUUAUAGUUUUGAGGAUGUUGCUGGAUAUCUAGCCAAGGAUAGGGCCGAAUUUGUGCCAUUGGUGAGGGAUAAUGGGGAAGGGGUAGAGGAAAUUAUUAACUUAGUUAGUAGUGAAGAUGUGGAGAUGAUUGAGGGGUUUCCGAAGCUGGGGCUGCCGUCACUGGCGCCGGAUGGGAGUUUCUUGGUGGGCGCUGCGAUAGGGACUCGAGAUUCGGAUAAAAUGAGGUUGGAGCAUUUAGUGAAGGCAGGGGUGAAUGUGGUGGUUCUUGAUAGCUCUCAGGGAAAUUCAGUCUAUCAGAUUGAGAUGAUUAAGCAUGUCAAGAACAAUUAUCCGGAGCUGGAUGUGAUUGGUGGGAAUGUAGUGACAGCGUAUCAGGCGCAGAACUUGAUUCAGGCAGGGGUGGAUGGACUUAGAGUUGGUAUGGGGUCAGGUUCCAUUUGCACCACCCAAGAAGUAUGUGCGGUUGGACGUGGGCAGGCAACAGCAGUUUAUAAGGUUGCAUCAAUUGCGGCUGAGAGUUCGGUGCCUGUGAUUGCGGAUGGUGGAAUAUCAAACUCGGGUCACAUUGUGAAAGCUUUGGCCUUAGGGGCAUCAACUGUGAUGAUGGGUGGCUUUUUAGCUGGAAGUAAUGAAGCUCCUGGUACUUAUGAAUAUCAGGGUGGUUGGCGAGUGAAAAAGUACAGAGGUAUGGGAUCCCUUGAAGCAAUGACAAAAGGUAGUGAUGCCCGAUACUUGGGUGAUACAGCAAAGCUGAAAAUAGCACAAGGUGUAGUUGGAGCAGUGGCUGAUAAAGGGUCUGUGUUGAAGUUCAUACCCUACACAAUGCAAGCUGUGAAACAGGGAUUCCAGGAUCUCGGUGCCACCUCCCUACAGUCCACUAGUGACCUCCUGCGAUCCGGUGUGCUAAGGCUAGAGGUUAGAACUGGGGCAGCGCAAUUUGAAGGCGGGAUCCAUGGUUUGGUCUCUUAUGAGAAGAAAUCCUUUUAAAUUACCAUCUCUUUAUCUGCUCCUUUCGAAGAUGGUUUAUCCAGAACUUACAUACUUUUUCAAUAAAGCAUCACAUCCCUUGGUUUUCAACUCCUUUUGUUAUCUAUGUGCUCGUGCAAGAAUGGAGGCAAAAGUAUAAGAAAGGACAUCUUUCUUUUUAACAAAGGGUGAUGGUGGGGAUGAGCCUGUGAACCAUCAAGGCACUGGCUCUCCAGCAAUUAACCAGUUUAGACAAUCCGGGAAGCAACGUUCCUCACAAGUCGGAGAAGGUACCAUAACAACUCAAGCUGCAUCAUAUAACGACACAUAUCGAGGAGUUGUCACUGCUGCACACCACUUUCGGGAAGUUCGUUAGAGCGUCAAAACUCAUUAUUUUUGUGUCAAUUUCUCAAGUUCAUGUCAAUUGUCAAGUACCAAUAUUUGGCUCAUUUUUUUUAUUUGAGUAGGUAAUAAUACCUUCUGCGCUUUAAGAGUAAAAAUGUUCAUUUCUACU